AUGGCUAAACCCAAGAAUGGACGGCCACGGUACAAUCCGAGGCCGUUAUGCGCGACCGUCUUCCUCAUGACCUUGCUGGCCACAUACUCCAUAUUCCUCAAAGACUGGUCCUCCGAUUCGACCACGCCGGCGAGUCUGUUUGCAAGGGAUACCGAAGAGGUUUGCGACGAUGUCCACCAGGCCCAAGACCAAUGCGCCUUCGUUCGCGCAAAUUGUCUCGACGAGGAACCCGGCUUGUUCUCCUAUCUCACCUUCUACUUCUGUACCCUUGCCAAGGUGAAGCCUAUAGCCUUUGCUCUGCUAGCCCUCUGGCUCGGCCUACUCUUCUCCACCAUCGGCAUCGCCGCGAGCGACUUCUUCAGCAUCAACCUCAGCACCAUCGCCAGUGUCCUUGGCCUGCCGGAGAGCCUGGCUGGUGUCACCUUUUUGGCCUUUGGGAAUGGUUCGCCCGACGUCUUCAGCACCUUUGCUGCCAUGAACUCUAACAGCGGUAGCAUGGCCAUAGGCGAGCUGAUAGGUGCAGCUGGCUUUAUCACCGCCGUUGUUGCUGGCUCCAUGGCCCUCGUCCGCGAGUUCAAGGUCAGCAGGAAGACGUUCGUGCGCGACAUUGUCUUCUUCAUCCUUUCCGUGAGCUUCACCAUGGUGUUCCUCACCGAUGGUAAGAUGCAUCUUUGGGAGUGUGCCUUCAUGAUCGCAUUCUACGCCUUCUACGUCUGUUUUGUGUUUGGGUGGCAUCUGUUUUCCUCAAGAAGGCAGAAGUGGCGCACGAAGCAGGCAAUGGCCCACAACCAUUACUCGGGUGCUUCUGUUCAUGCUGGGGACGAGAUUGAGCCUUACCAUGAUGAUCCUGGCGAUGACGAUGAUGAUGAAAGGGUGGGAUCACGCAGGGCGUCCAGCCACCUGCCGGACAUCAGCGCUUUGGAGAACGGCCCCCGGAUCAACUCCGACGGGUCGUCGCGGGACGACGACGACGACGAGCAGAAGCGACAUAUCGCAUCCGAGAUGACGAGCAGCAUGCGUGUCAACCUCGCUACGCUGCCAGUUGUCGAGACUGAGGACCACUGUGACGACUUACCGGCAGAGGAUGGUCUGCAGUCGUCGCAGAUUCCCAGUGGCUUGGGUCUCAACCCUCCUGCUAUCGCAGUAGAAAAUCAAACCGCGAUACAACCGGAGACCGAGUGGCAGGAAUACCGCAGACGCGCACGGUCCACAAGGUCUCGGUCGUCAAGUGCUUCACGAUACGCCCUGAGCGUUGGUAUCACUCCUGAACUGGAAAAUCAUCAAGAGUUUCCAGACCUUCGACCUCCGCCAAGCCCGCAGACUGGGCAGCCAAUGUCGGUAUCAGGACUGGGUUCGGAGCCCACGACAUUGGAUGACGAGUCUGGCGGUUGGAACAGGUGGCUACUCGCCCUUCAACUCUUCACAGGCCCCUUGUUCACAGUGUUCAUAAUCUGGGCCAAGUACAUGGAUUCACCUGUGAAGACACUCGUCAAAAUGAUCCUGUACUCACUUCUGAUUUCCCUCAUACUUCUCGCCAUACUGCUUCUUUCUACCACUCCGGACACCAAGCCACGAUACCACUUCCUUUUUUGCUUCCUGGGAUUCAUAAUCGCAAUAGCGUGGAUCUCGACAAUUGCCGAAGAGGUUGUUGGAGUCCUCAAAGCGGUUGGCGUCAUUCUCGGUAUAUCCGAGGCAAUCCUCGGCUUGACGGUGUUCGCCGUGGGUAACUCGGUCGGUGACCUGGUUGCCGAUAUCACGGUCGCACGUCUAGGUUAUCCUGUCAUGGCUUUGUCUGCCUGCUUCGGCGGCCCCAUGCUGAACAUCCUCCUUGGCAUCGGACUCGGAGGAACGUAUAUGAGCAUCAAGGGCGCCAAGCACCAUCACAAGAAGCACCCGGAUGAGCCCCUUCACUACAAGUCCUACCACAUCGAGGUCACGGGCACCUUGUUCAUAUCCGCCAUCACGGUGUUGCUGACGCUUGUCAUGCUCCUCAUCCUGGUCCCGACCAACAAGUGGAUGAUGACCAGGAAGAUCGGAAUCACUUUGAUAACGCUGUGGACUGUGAGCACCAUUGUCAACGUCAUAGUUGAAGUGACGGGAGUCUGGUCAGCUGUGGCUUGA